AUGGAGACAACGUUGUACUGUGUCUACGAGGUAGUGGCCGUGGCAGUCGACCCACCAGAGCAAAAGGAGUUGGUCGUUCCCGCGUUGGUCGCGGUCGCGCUCGUGGCCGACAAGACGCCGAACAGUCUUCACCAUCUGGAGAACAGCCCGCGCCUCAAGAUGGACUUGCGGAUAAUACUGUUACUGACGAUGAUCAGCCUGCCCCGCCAGACGACGCUCAAGUUGCCAAUGGACGGAUUACACCGUUCAACAAUCCUACGAGCUACCCUUCACCUUUGGUUCUACAUGGGCCAAAUUCUCACCUUGACGCCGUGCCUCGCCGAGUUCCGAAUCCGAAUUUUUACCCAGCACCACCCGCCAGGCCUAAUGACAACCUGGACGAAGUGCCUCAUCGUGUGCCGAACCCCAGUUUUGAUCCAGCGCCACCCGCCAGUACGAACCCGGAUGUCUCGCCAGCACCGCCGGACUGGUCGCGCCCCUAUGCUCCGGCGUUUUCGGUCAAUAUAA